AUGUCGGAUAUCCAACCAGCUCACCACACAAAACACUUGCCUGUUCUUGCAUAUCCGUUUAAUAGUGUGGCAUUCCAUCUUGUCCAGCGAGAUGACGGCACAAGUAACGGGACUGCUCUGUGGCUUGGUGCUCAAGUACUAUCCGUCUAUCUUUCUGCCGAAUUCAAGGGCAAAUCCAGGAAGACCAUCGAGACUGGAACAGAUAAUAAUGCUUCGGUUCUGUGCAAUACAGCACGCCCAAAGGCCGUAGAACUGGGUAGCGGGAUUGGCCUCAUGGCUCUUGCGCUCGCAUCUCUGGGAUAUGAUGUCCUUGCUACCGAUACUAUGCACGUCUGUGCGUCCGUUCUGCGUUCCAACAUCAAUGCCAAUGCGCAUCUCGUCCCUGGGCGUGUCCAUGUACGUGAGCUGGACUGGGGUGUCGACCCUACGGGUUGGAUAUGGGACGAUUCUGUGUCGAUCACAUCGCCAGCACCUUUGCCAAGAAGAGGUACUAGUGACAGCCGCGAUUUCCUCGCCCCGCCAUUUGAUCUGAUUGUCUCGAGCGAUACGAUCUAUGAUACGGAACUUGUUGCUCCUCUAUUCGAGACAAUCCGUGCGCUUUCUGCUCUUUCAUCUGCUUCCAUUCUCUCCCCAUCUUCACUUUCCAGUAUUGAACCUCCGGUCAUCUACCUUGUUGUUGAGAGGCGCGACCCAACAUUCAUCACGACCGCAUUUAGACGUGCUGAUGAGGAGUGGGGACUUUUGUUCCAGCGCGUCCCUGAGAAGAGGCUAAGGCGUGCCGGUGUUGGUGUAGGAUGGGACGCUGAGGAAUGGGAGGGCGUGGAGGUGUGGCGUGGAAGGUGGGAUGGGGUCACUGGGGCUGUCAAGUAA